CUAACAUAUUUUCAGCGAGUUUUAUAAUUAACUGCCGCCAAUUUGUAGUAGUAUUCCGUACUAUGUAUUUUUGCUAACAGAGAGUGAGAGAGAGAGGGGGAGCAGGAUCCUCACUCCAAAAUAAAAAAUGAUUUCUCUGUAAAUUCUCCAUUCACAUCACUUCUUUGUAUCUUGCUUACUUUCUGCUACCAUACAUCCUACAAAUCUUUUUUCUUCUACAAGACUUCAACAUUUUAUUACAAUUACAUAAUUUGAAUUUGAUUGAUACAACCCCCCACCAGAAUAUAGAACUAUAACCCUCUGGAUAUCAUACAACAAAGCUGGUCUAAUCAUCAAUCUGUGUUGUAUCAUAUCCUCCUGCUCCACUACAGAAACAACCUAACUCUUUCCAAGAUUUCAGCAUAAUAAAGCAUCUACACUUCCCCUUCUUCAGAACCACCUCUCCCAUCUGCUGCUAAGCCAGUAAACUAUCUGCUCCCCAUUACCACCAUGUCCACCAAGUCCAAGUAAGUAUUUUCUGUAAAAACCCAGAUCUGAUUUUUGUUAUUUCCUUUCCUAAAAAAAUUGUACUUUGAGUACAGAAUUGAAGCAUUUGUAGUUGGGUCAUGGGUGUGCUUUAUUAGAAACGGCAGCUCUUGUUUUUGGAUCUGAUGCUUUUCUUUCACUGCAAUUUGCUCCAAUUUCUGCAAAACGUACUUUUAGUUUCAGAUCUACACUGCCAGAAACCCCAAAGAGUAAAGUUUCACCUGCAACUCCUAGGGGUGGGAGUAAAGUUAGCAGAGGAGCAUCCAAAUUUGAUGCUGAAUCGCCUUUGCAGAACUUGCGCUCUUCAGUUGAUAAGUCUCCGAAACCGGUUGCUCCUAAGGCUUCUUCUGCGGAGAGGCCUUCCACUAAGCUUGCUACUCCACCUGAUAAAAAGCCUACUCGAAUACUGAAGCCAUCAGAGCUCCAGACAGAACUCAGUCUUGCUCAGGAAGAUCUCAAGCAAGCCAGGGAGAAGAUAGCGUCCGUAGAGAAGGACAAAGCUCAAGCUCUUGAUGAUCUCAAGGAAGCAAAGAAGUUAGCAGAUGAAGCAAACGAGAAGCUCAGGGAGGCUUUGAUAGCUCAAAAGCGGGCGGAAGACAACUCGGAAAUCGACAAGUUCCGUGCUGUAGAGAUGGAGCAAGCCGGCAUUGAAGCUGCUCACGAGAAGGAACAGAAAUGGGCGAAAGAGAUCGAAGCAGUGAGGAAUCAACAAGCGUUGGAUUCGUCUUCUCUUCUAUCCAUCACUCAGGAGCUUGACCUGGUCAAACACGAGCUCUCCGUGACGAUCGAUGCCAAAAACCAGGCUCUCUCCCGGGCAAACGAAGCCAGUAAAGUCGCUGAGAUUCACGCUGAAAAUAUUAAAACCCUAACUGCAGAGCUGGCACGCGUUAAAUCUAUGGUUGAUUCCAGAUCGGAGAUGAAUCUCGAGAUAGAGACUCUCCGAGAAGAACUCGAGAGAACAAAAAAUUACGAAUUGGAGUUGAUGGAGAAAGAGGAUAUCAUAGAGAAACUCAAAGUUGAUUUGGAGGCUUCGAAGAUCGCCGAAUCAUAUGCGUGCAACUUGGUGGAGGAGUGGAAGAAGACAGUUAAUGCAUUAGAGCUCGAGACUGAAGAAGCGCAUAGAAACGAGAGAUCUUCAUUGGAACAUCUAGAAUCUUCCAUGAAGCAAUUGGAAGAUAGAAACGAAUCGCUCCACAAGGCAGAAUCUGAAAUUGCUUCUCUCAAAGAGAAGAUUAGGUCAUUGGAAUCCUCCAUUGAAAGAAAUAAAGGAGAGCUCGAAGAAUCAGAAUAUCACCUUAAGAUAACCCAAGAAGAGGCUUCUGAGCUUGUGAGGAAGGUCGAAUCCCUCAGCUUCGAGCUAAACAUCAUAAGAGAUGAGAAAAUUCAAGCUUUGAUGAACGAAAAACUAGCAGCCAAGAGUGUCGAAAAGCUGUUGGAAGAAAAAAAUAGACUUCUUGAGGACUUGAAGAAUUCCAGGGAGGAAGAAGAACAAAGCAAGAGAACUGUGGAGGAUCUGACUUCAGCUUUGCAUGAAGUUUCUUCACAAGCAAGAGAAGCCAAUGAGAAGCUGUUGUCCAGCCAAGUAGAGACUAAAGAGUAUGAAACACGGAUUGAAGAUCUGAAGAUAGCACUGAAAAACUCAAAUGAGAAGUAUGAAGAUAUGCUUGGAGAUGCAAAGCAAGAAAUUGAUUUGCUCACAAAGACUGUUGACCAAUCUAAGCAAGACUACGAUAUCUUAAAAGCUGAGCAAGAGGAAAAGGAGCGUAAUUUGAUCACAAAAGCCGAAGAAGCAAGUUCUUCAAUGGAAAAAGAAAUCAAUACACUUGCAAACUUAUUAAAACACGCACAAGAAGAAGCUUCGAAUGCAAGAGAAAGCGAAGCAAAUUUGAAAACAAGCUUGAGUGAGACCGAGCGUGAGGUCAUCUAUCUAAGGGAGGUUCUCAGGGACACUACGGCCGAGAGCAUGAGACUAAAAGAGUCUCUGAUGGAGAAAGAAACCGAACUGCAAAGUAUUCUGCAGGAGAAUGAGGAGCUUCAAAUCCGAGAGGCAAUGGCAUUGAAGAAGAUUGAGGAAUUGUCCUUAAUGCAUGAAGAAGCUAUGGCUAGAAAACAAGAUGGAGAAAACGGAGACCUUACAGACAGUGAAAAGGAUAUUGAUAUGCUCCUGCCAAAUGUAGAACAAAAUGGUGUUCCAGAAGAGAGAUCUACAGUAAAGGAAGAAGUUCAAGAAAAGGAAGCGGCCAGGGGUGAUGCCAAAGAUGAUACUAAUGGAACUGAAGAAUUUGAAGUGAAAGAGAGUGUGAGGGAAGAAAAGGAAGAUAAAGGUUGUGUAGAAGAAGGUGAGUUUGAAAGGCAGGAGAGCUUCCAGUUUGGGGAGAAAGAUUCAUUUCCAGAAAGAGUGACUGAACCGGAAAAGGAAUCAGAGCAAAAGGAAGAGGUGUGUGAGAAGAAGUAUGAUCAGCCAAAUGGGCUAAAAUCAUCAAUAGAAAAGCAUGACAAUAAUGUGAUUGCCUCUCCGGGAACGCAACAAAGCCCAAAGAAGAAGAAGCCUUUGCUAAGUAAAUUUGGAAGCUUUAUGAAGAAGAAAGGUACUGUGAGCCAGAAGUAACAGACUUACAGACCUUUGGUAGAUCAGAUAUUGUGGAUUGGAACUAUUUGCUUCAUGCUUUUUUAUUGUUCAAAUUCGAUUUGUUUCCUAUUACUUGAAUCGGCAUUAAAAAUGGGGGAGAAACCUCUAGUGGUCUUGUUUUUCUUCUGCUGAUUUGGGUAUUUUCUGACAGCUUAUUUCUCAGUAUGAUAUGUCAUGUUUAGGAGUGUGUCCUUAGUGUGAUUAUUUGCCUGUUGUAUAAGUAUAUUAAACCCUUCAAACUGAAGAUGUUUGAUGUACUAUGUACUUCUUACAUCUACUUGAUCCAAAUUUGAUCCUAAUGGCUUGUGCUAUGGUUUAACAGUUGCCAUCAGAUCGAUAUUCGAAUGAUUAUAAAAU